AUGGAUGAACCACAUAAGAGCUCACCUAUAAAAGCCUCCAAGGAUUUUGGGCAGUUCACUGCUCAGCUGUUUAGAAUCCAUACUGUCACAAGCUGCAACAUAUCUUUUAUGGAAUCGCCGACGUCAGAACGAGUUGGUCUCUCACUAGAAUGCCCGGCCUACGCCUACGAAUUCGGUGAAAGCGUUCUAAUGGUUCCGAUGUACCAUUAA